AUGAAGCGUCCUAAUACCGCCCCGCAGAAGCCGUCGCAAAAGGCGCACAAACGCCAAAAAGUCGAGCGUACAAAAGCAGCGCCCUUUCCGAAACCUUUCCCUUCGUCGACGAAAGCCAAGCGCCGGGUGCAACUCAACGAGCUAGGAUGGAAGCCCGUGUCUAUGCCCGAUCGGUUGGACGAUGUCGAAGGCUUCUAUGGGCUCGAAGAGAUUGACGAUGUUGAGAUCGUCAAAGACCCAGUUACUGGAAAUCUCACCUUCGAGACUACUAAGACAGAAGAAGAGGUGGCACAAGAUGUAGAGGAAGCAUGGCAGCGGGAAGAAGACGAGGCAAAACGCUUGGAGGCGAUAACUUUUGGGGAUGGCGAGGCAGAGGAGAAAGAAGACACUACACAAGCAGACGCUGCACACGAACCAGCGCAGGAGGACAACGAAGAGGUUGCAUGGGAGGGCUUCAGCGACGAAGAGGAUGCGCAAACAGCGGCACCUGCGCAGGCGGCAGACGCAGAUGUUACGGAUGUCGCAGAUGCAACUACCACCAAUGGCGAGCCAGAAGCGAAGAAACUCACAAAGACGGAGAAAAAGAAGAGGGCCAAGGAAGCAAAGCUCAAGAAACAAGAAGAGGAAAAGGCCAAGGCAGGACUACAGACCACAGAUGAUGCCGAGGAGGAUGAGGAUGAGGACGAAGAGGUUGAAGAGGACGAAGUCGAAGAUCGCGAAGAUGGCGAAACCUUCGGACCCGGCGCAUUCGAUAUUCUGGCGAACCAGCCCGACGACGACGAUGACGAGACAGAUGUGCGCGCAUGGAACGAAUUGGACCUUUCCGAAGAGAUGCUAGGCGCUUUAGCAAAGCUCAAGUUCUCGAAACCCACCGGUAUCCAAGCGUCUACGAUACCCGAGAUCAUGGCAGGGAGAGAUGUUAUUGGCAAGGCCUCGACAGGUUCGGGUAAAACACUGGCUUUUGGUAUCCCAGUCAUAGAGUCGUGGCUGGCUGCUCGAUCGACGGCCAGAGAUCCUGAGGACAAAGCACCCAUCGCACUGAUCAUUGCGCCAACACGAGAACUUGCGCAUCAGAUCAACGCUCACUUGAUCGCUCUCUGCGCGAAGGGUGACUUCGACCCCCCGUACAUCGCGUCAAUCACGGGUGGUCUGUCCGUUCAGAAGCAGCGCAGGCAAUUGGAAAAGGCAGACAUCGUUGUCGGUACGCCAGGACGACUGUGGGAGGUCAUUAGCGGUGGUCAAGGCCUGCUGCCUAAAUUCAAACAGAUCAAAUUCCUGGUCGUUGAUGAGGCUGAUCGUUUGUUGAGCGAAGGGCACUUCAAAGAAAUGGGAGAGAUUCUCAAAGUCUUGGAGCCUGACGAUGAGCCCAAUGAGAAUGGUGACGAGAAACCAGCGCCAGAAACCCAACGCCAAACUCUUGUGUUUUCAGCGACUUUCGGAAAGGACUUGCAAAGAAAGCUCGCUGGCAAGACUAAAUAUAGCGGAGAUCUCAUGAGCCAACAACAGUCUAUGGAAUAUCUACUCAAGAAACUCCGGUUCCGCGAAGAGAAGCCGAUGUUUGUUGACGCGAACCCGACCUCGCAGAUGGCCAGCAAGCUGCAGGAGGGACUCAUAGAAUGUGCCGGGACUGAGAAGGAUCUUUAUCUCUAUUCUCUACUAAUGUUCUACACAAAGAAGCGCGCUCUAGUCUUCACCAACUCAAUCUCUGCGGUCCGUCGCAUAACACCGUUCCUAACAAACCUGGCUCUGCCAGCUUUACCACUACAUUCGAACAUGCCCCAGAAAGCUCGUUUACGAUCGAUCGAACGGUUCAAGGAGCGACCUGGAUCCAUCUUGGUUGCCACAGACGUUGCUGCCAGAGGUCUUGACAUACCCAAGAUUGACUUGGUCAUACACUACCAUCUGCCUCGUGCCGCCGAUACAUAUGUCCAUCGAUCAGGACGUACCGCACGUGCAGAUGCUUCAGGAGCCAGUAUCUUAAUCUGUGCUCCCGAGGAAGUCGCGGGUGUACGGAGGCUUAUUGCUAAGGUUCAUGCACGUGCCAGCGAUGCUCCUAAAUCCAAGAAGACAGCUUUCUUCAUCCGUACCCUGGACAUUGACCGCCGCAUCGUCUCACGCUUGAAGCCUCGUGCUACCAUCUCGAAAAAGCUAUCUGACACCGUCAUCGCAAAAGAGAAGAAGCAUAGCGAGGACGAUGUACUACGACGAGCUGCCGAAGAUCUUGGUGUCGACUACGACAGUGAAGAGUUUGAAAAAGAAGCACCAGGCAAGAGAGGCCGUGGAAGUGGCCGCAAAAAGAAGGAAAAGGAAGCGGGCGAAAUGACAAAAGCAGAGAUGCAAUCACUGCGGGCAGAGCUCAAGCAUCUCCUGAGUCAGAGGAUCAACACCGGUGUCAGUGCGAGAUAUCUGACAAGUGGCGGCAUCGAUGUUGAUGCGCUUGUGGCUGGAGAGGGCAAUAUGGAGUUCUUGGGUAACCUGGAUGGACUUGGAUUUGACGAAGUUGCUGAAUAG